AUGAGGUCGGGGGAGGCGGGCGAGGGUUCGGAGCUGGCGGAGUUCGGUGCACGCUGGCCGCCUCCCUACUCGCAGGGCUACGGCUGGGCGCGCUCCGCGACCCCGCAGCACCCGCCCGCGCACCACCUCGCGCGCCACUCGCGCUCCCAGCAGGACAACCGGCACACGAGCUAUGAGGCUGAGGAUGCCAGGGCGCGUGCGCGCGGCGGCGUGUACUACUCACCACCAGGGACGUCUUACACAAUUGUAGAACGGCCGGCGUCUUCACAUGGUCACCACGCGCCCUACUCACAUCACCACUAUCCUGGAAAACUCUCGCGCGCACCAUAUUUAGGUUCUUCCACGAUUGCAAACAGCGCAGGCGCAACAAGCUUAAGGAACAGCACAAACCACUUAAGCGCAACAAAUGGCAAGAAGCGGCCCAUUUCCCCUGAACAGGUGCUACGUCUGUUCGGGCAGGGUGGUGCUGCGGCGCUGGGCAAGGCGCUGCCGCCAUCCCAUCCACCAGCACCAGUGCCCGCUCCGCUGCCGGCCAGACGGCACUCGCCUGCGAGCAGCCCCAGUAGCACAACGCAUCAUGUAAUUGUUUUGCGAAUUGGUUUUGGUGUCAAAUUGGAUCUCUCCGAGAAAUAUGAGGCGAUAUACCGUGGCGGCGAGCGGGAGAGGCCGUACUCGUCGGGAGGAGCGCCGCCGCCGCCGGCUGAGCCCGCCACGCGCACCGUCACCAUGAGCCGCGACCCAGCUGAUUCACAUGGCUUCGGCAUAUGCGUCAAAGGCGGAAAAGAAGCAGGAGUCGGAGUGUACAUAUCGCGGGUGGAAGAAGGGUCUGUCGCGGAGCGUGCGGGUCUUCGCCCUGGGGAUUCCAUCAUGCAGGUCAACGGCACUCCAUUUUCUGGGAUAUCCCACGAGGACGCGUUAAAGAUGCUGAAGUCGUGCCGCCAGCUGACAAUGACGGUGCGGACGGCUGGUGCGCUGGUGGGUCGCGCGUCGUGUUCGUGGAUGGACCGUUACGGGAGACCCGCCUCGCCGCCACCACAGCGCCCAAUCCGCUCUGCUAGCAAAGAUCGCUCUAUACGCAGGGUGGACUUGUGCAUUGAGCCAGGACAGUCAUUAGGGUUGAUGAUCAGAGGUGGUCUGGAGUACAACCUUGGCAUCUACAUCACAGGAGUUGACAAGGACUCCGUAGCAGACCGAGCAGGGCUUAUGGUGGGAGAUCAGAUCCUAGAGGUAAACGGACAGUCGUUCGUGGACGUGACGCACGACGAGGCCGUCGCGCAGCUGAAAUAUCACAAGCGUAUGUCGCUGCUGGUGCGCGACGUGGGCAAGGUGCCACACGCGUGCACAGCAUAUGGAGAACGUGAUGCAGCACCCAGAAUAAGCGGCUGGGGCAAAAGACGUGGAGCUGCCGCAGUAGCAGUGGAGCAGAAGGCAAAAUCACUAAUACCGCCCAGUGAUCUCCCAGCACUGGCAUACUACAUGGAGGAGUAUGCUGCACGCCGACUAACGCCGGAUGCCUUCCUCACAGUCCUGCGAGAUUUGCUCGACACACCACAGAAGUAUACUCUUCUUACCGAAAUUCGAGAGUUCAUGCUACCUGAAGAUCGACCAAGAUUCGACGAAUUAGUAUACCGUCGGAACGAAGAAGCAUCUGAACAUCAUGUUAAGCGCGGAGGAGAGCGGCAUAUGCUGCCAUCAUCCACCAUGCACGAUCUGCACGACCCGGAGGGGCCAUCGGAGGCACCGCUAAUAGUGGACCACCGCUCUCCUUCCGAGGACUCCGGUCUGGGUCUACCAGCACACGACCACGCCUACAGGAGCGGCAGGACGUGGAGGGCGACCGACGCGCCACCGCCUGAAGACGACCUGGACCCACCCCACGAGGAAUACGAAGAAGAGGGUCGUCGGUCGAGGAGACAUUCUUCUCCAUGCAACUCCAAAGAGGGCAGCACUACCGCUUUACAUACACAACACUACGAUGAUACGGUAAGUAAUUUAACAUACGAGUAG